AUGGAUAUUUCCGGAAAUGCUCUAGUCAUUGGCGGUGGUGGCAUUGGCAGGGCCUGCGCCAUACUGCUUGCGAGAGAAGGUGCUUCUGGCGUUAUGAUCGGCGACCUAGACCUAGAAGCAGCAAGAAAGGUGGUAGAUGAAUGUUUUGCCGUGGCCACCAACAGCGGGUUCCGCGCCGAGUCUGCCCAGGUCGAUGUCAGCAAGGAGGACUCGGUCAGCAACAUUUUUGAUCGCAUGGUCGACGUUUUCGGCCGGGUGGAUUACUCCGUCAACUGCGCCGGUGUCGGCGCGGAAAGGCCUAGAGACAUUUCGUCGCUGCCACUGUCGGAGUUUCAGCGCUUUGUCGACGUCAACCUCACGGGCGCGUUCCUGGUCAUGCGCCAGGCGUCCGUGGCUAUGCGCGCACAGGUUCCCCGACCUGUCUCGCCGUCGGGUGCCUUUCCCAAUCGGGGUACGAUCCGCGGCGUCAUCGUCGACCUGUGCUCAGCCGCGUCCAUGGCCGCCAGUAACGGCAUCUUGCCCUACACGACCACCAAGCACGGUCAGCUCGGACUUACUAGGAACAGCGCCAUUGACAACGCCCCUUACCAGAUCCGAGUCAACUGCAUCUGCCCGUCGUGGACCGAUACCCCCAUGGUCAGGAAGGCCAAUGAAGGCAUCGAGGGCCAUGCUGACUUUGUCAACUCCAAGCUGCCUAUCGGCCGCAUCGCCAUCCCUGAAGAAGUCGCUGAUGCUGGCCUGCCUCGUGUUGUCCGCCACAUUACCACCCACAACGACGAAGGCAAGUCGAUGUUCCUACCCAUUGACGUCGGCGAUCACCAUCGCGAGUUGGUUAACAAGUCGGCCAUUGCCAACAUCCUCUACUCGACCCACGAGCAUCCCGUGAAUCUCAACGGUGAUGCCGACGUGAAGUAUGCGCGUGAAAAUGAGCCCGGCAUAACCGUCAAGAACGGCACCGUGUGUCGGCUGAUCGACUUCGCGCCGGGCACGGUGUCGCCGCUGCACCGGGUCAAGAGCAUCGACUACGCGGUCGUGAUCGAGGGCGUCUUCAAGAUGGUGCUGGACUCGGGCGAGGAGCGCGUGCUGCACCGUGGCGACGUCGCCAUCAACCGCUCCACCGCCCACCGCUGGAUCAACGUCACCGGCGGCGGCCUGCUACCCGCCCGCAUCCUCUUCGUCCUGCAGGACAUCCGGGACCUGACCAUCGCCGGCAAGAACGUCGACAAGGACCUCGGCGUGCUCGAGAAGGACUACGUGGGCCUGCCAGGCCAUGCGGGCCCGGCGCCGCUUGUUGGUGGUGGGGGGAAUGAUGAGAAGUUUGAUAGUGAAUUCUAAUGCAGUUUGGAUCUGGGGAGUUAGUAGAUAGAACG